CAAUCACGAUACUAGAUGAGGGAAAUCCAGCCGAAGAGCAGCCAAUUAGGGAGCUGGGUUCUCAACCAGGAAAUGCCGUCGAUUCGGCGGAAGUCCCGCCUACUCACUCGCCCCCCAUCAAAGAUGGCUGGCGAGUCCGCGAUGGAGCUGCUGUUUCUUGACACUUUCAAACACCAGAGCUCUGAGCAAAGCAGCAAUGUUGAUGUUGUUCGGUUUCCAUGUGUGGUAUACAUCAAUGAAGUGCGGGUCAUCCCACCAGGAGUCAGAGCACACAACAGUUUACCAGAUAGCAGGGCUUAUGGGGAGACCUCUCCACAUACAUUUCACCUGGACCUGUUUUUCAACAAUGUUAGUAAGCCAAGUGCUACAGUAUUUGACAGACUGGGGAGUUUGGAUUAUGAUGAGAACUCAUGCCUCAUCUUUCGGCCAAAUGCUAAGAUCAAUACAGAUGGGUUGGUGCUGAAAGGAUGGUACAACUGCCUGACUCUAGCUGUCUAUGGGUCUGUCGACCGAGUCAUCAUAAGCCAUGACCGUGAUUCUCCUCCCCCUCCACCGCCUCCACCACCACCACCCCAGCACCAACAGAUUGGUCUCAAAAGAAAUACCAAACAUGUUGAAGAAGACAAAGACGAUCAAUACAAUGGUAGCCCCCCAAGGCCGCAGCCGAGAGGGCCCAGAACUCCCCCUGGCCCUCCGCCACCAGACGAUGAUGACGAGGAUGAGCCUAUGCCAGCCUCGGGUGGAGAGAAAGAAGAUGAUGGAUUACAUAGAGAAGGCCUUUUUGAACCCAUAUCCCCUGAUCGAGUUUCUGUCCACCCUGACGGCAACUAUUCAGACGAAGAUGAUGGGGAAGAUGAUCCCCAGGAUGAAGGAGAUGAAGAUGAUGAGGAUGAAGAUGACGACGACGAGUUAAAUGCUGAAGAAGAGGAGGAUGAGGAAGAUGACCAGACUGGGGACAGCAUAGCUGAUGAAGAGGAUGAAGAUGAUGAGGGUGAUGAUGAGGAUUUAGAGGAUGAUGGCUAUGAACAAAUUUCAAGCGAUGAGGAUGGGAUCGCUGAUUUUGAACGAGAGGCAUUUAAAUACCCAAGUUUUGACAUUGAUUAUACUCCUGAGGAUUUGGCAUCUGUACCCACCACGGCUUAUGACCCAUAUGACAGGGACUUGGGCCCUCUGCUGUACUUCAGUUGUCCAUACAGAACUGCAUUUGAAAAUGAAAUCUGCAGAUUUCAGGGUCUAGAUCUAGAAAAAGAAAACUCUGGAGCAAUUGAAACAUCUGUGAAGCUAACUGAAUUACUUGAACUGUAUCAAGAUGACAGAGGCUCUAAUUGGGUCACUGCUUUAGAAGAAGUCCCUGGUUUAAUUGUGAAAGGAUUGAGCUUUAUGAUUCUUAAGGAACCUGGACGAGAUGACCUCAGUCAGUUAGUAGAUUGGGCCAUGCAAGCAUUGGACCUGCAGCUUGCUCUACAGCAGCCUAUUGCUUUAAAUGUGCGGCAGCUGAAAGCAGGUACAAAGCUUGUAUCCUCCCUGGCAGAGUGUGGGUCGCAAGCAGUAGAAGCUCUUUUAAAUGCCAAUGUUAUUGGAAAGUUGUACAACUUGCUAUUUGCAGAUCAUGUGUCCUCUUCUCUUAAGCUGAAUGCUUUUAGAUCAUUAGAUAGUGUCCUCAGCACCAAUGAAGGGAUGGAAGCCUUUUUGAAUUGCCCCUCAGAAGGACAAGGGAAAAGUGGAUACCAAAAGCUCUUAGAGUUGAUUUUGUUGGAUCAGACAGUAAGGGUCUUUACAUCCUGUUCUGCUCUUCUGCUGAAGUGUCAUUUUUAUGAAAUUCUUUCUGACGUGAAGAAGAUGGGAGACCAGCUGGUAGAAACUGCAGCAACCCCUCAGAAUCAAAACGAACUUGGUCAGGAGGUAGAAAAUGCACUUGAGAGACAGACUCAAUCGUAUGAAAAUGAUGUAGAGGUGCCUAUGGAGAUGGAACAUGUCAUGGAAGCUGGUAAUGUAAGUGAAGGGGAUUUAGAGAAACUUGUUGGCCUCUUGAAUGAGAUCUUGAACCUCUUGGAAAAGGCACCUCAUAAAAUGGUUCAGUCUCCAGUGAAGUCCUUCCCAACGUCGGCCCGCAUCACCGGACCACCGGAGAGGGAUGAUCCAUACCCUGUCUUAUUUCGGUAUCUUCACCAUCACCAGUUCGUGGAUUCUGCAACCCUCUUGCUCUCUCUGCCAGGGGCCAGUUCUCACCCAGGAGUGAUGUGUGCUAUCAGGGAAAUCCUCAGAUUCUUGGCACAGUCUCAGAAUGGCCUUCUGUUUCUCUUAUGUGAGAAUGAAGCAACAAACCUCAUUGCCAGAGCCUUGUGCCAGGCAACUGAGCAGGAGCAGGAGGAGAAUAUACCAUCUGAUAGCAACUGUGAAGAAUCUUUUGCCUUAUGGCUACUCCAUGCCACACAGGCUCUUCAGUACAUCUCUGAACUCUUUAACCAUUUCCAGAACUGCACUGCUACUGAAGAGACCGAUCAUGCCAACCUUCUGAGUAUUCUGCACAACCUUUAUCUUAUCACCUUCAACCCUGUUGGAAGGUCAGCUGUUGCCCAUGUCUUCAGCCUUGACAAGAACUUGCAGUGCCUCAUAACAUUGAUGGAAUUUUGCUCCACAGAAGCUCUUGGGGACACAAAGUCGAAGAAGUCUGUAGCCUAUAACUAUGCCUGCCUGCUUGUGCUGCUUGUGGUCCAGACCUCCAGUGAGGUACAGAUUCUGGAGAGCCAUUCAGCACCUCUUCUGAAACUGUGUAAAACUGAUGAGAACAAUUCCAAGCUUCAGGAACUUGCCAAAUGGUUAGAACCUUUAAAAGGUAUUCGAUUUGAGAUAAAUUGUAUCCCAAGCCUUAUUGACUAUAUAAAGCAGAAUGUAGACAAUCUGAUGACACAAGAAGGUGUUGGCCUUCUCACUGCUCUCCGAAUCCUUUGCCAUGUGGCUUGUCCUCCGGCUCCAGUGGAAGGCCAACAGAAGGAUCUAAAGUGGAAUCUCGCAGUUAUUCAGCUCUUUUCUGCUGAAGGCCUGGACACCUUUAUACGUAUUCUCCAGAAACUGAAUGGCAUUCUCAUCCAACCAUGGAGACUGCAUGUAAACCUGGGGACCAUAUUGUACAGAGCUAUUACAUUAUCUGUAGUACGCUGCACCCUGUCCUUGCUCAAGACUAUGUUAAUGGAACUCUUACGUGGUGGCUCAUUUGAGUUUAAAGACAUGAGGGUGCCAUGCACAUUGGUCACUCUACACAUGCUCCUUUGUUCUAUCCCUCUCUCUGGAAGACUGGAUGGAGAAGAGCAGAAAAUCCAGAAUGAUAUAGUAGACAUUUUAUUAACAUUUACACAAGGAGUUAAUAAACAACUUACAAUCUCUGAGGAGACACUGGCUAAUAACACUUGGUCACUGAUGCUCAAGGAAGUUCUUUUGUCUAUCUUGGAAGUUCCUGAAGGCUUCUUCUCAGGACUCAUUAUAUUGUCAGAGCUGCUGCCUUUGCCUCUUCCUAUGCAGACAACACAGGCUAUUGAAUCGGAGGGUAUUGCUGUGGCUUUAAACACCAGAAAGCUGUGGAGCAUGCACCUGCAUGUACAUUCCAAACUUCUCCAGGAUAUUGUGCGCUCCAUCGCCGGAACGUCUUGCCAGCCUCUGCAGCACAUGGUCAGGCGCAUCUGUAUUCAGCUCUGUGACCUGGCCUCACCCACUGCUCUCCUAAUUAUGCGCACAUUACUGGAUCUCAUUGUGGAGCAUUUGCAGAUUUCUCCAGAAGAAAAGGAGAAGCAGUACACGGGACAGCUGGCACGGCUGCUUGCACUUCUUGAUUCCCUGGCAGCCCACAGAGCCUGUAAAGUGGCAAUAUUACACCUGAUUAGUGGGGGCAAAGGCGAUGAACAAUACGCAGAGUUGUUUCAGGAUCUUCUGACAUUGAUGAAAUCCACAGUUGACAAUGUCAUUCACCAGCAGUGUGGGGAAUAUGUUACGUCCAUCAUUCAGUACCUUUGUGAUCAGGACAUUGCCCUUAUCCUGCCAAACUCUGCAGAGGCGCAGGUUUCUGAACAAGAACAGCUGGCUAAUGCGUUGCCCAGUAAAGAACUUCUCCAGUCCAUGUGUGAUAGUCUAAUGGAGACUUUGGCCAACAAUGAUAGCAGUUAUGCAUCUCUUCUCACUGCCAUCAGAACCAUGAUGUUUCUAUCAGAGCAUGAUUAUGGAGUCUACCACUUGAAGAGCUCACUGAAGAAGCACAACAGCGCUCUCUAUGUCCUCCUUAAACGCAUUAUGUGUGGCUUUGGAAAAGACACUGGCGAAUUGGCUUCUUCUUUCUUGGACUUCAUGAGACAGAUAAUGAACUCCGAAUCAAUGGGCUGUGGGGAAGAUGGAGGGAUGAUGGAGGUAGAUGGAUCUCACCCUUCAAAAACACAAGGACUCGCCACUGCUGAAAUAAAACACCUGCUUCUGAGCAAAGAAGCAACACCAGAUAAUUUACUGCUGGAUUUAGAAAAGCUUGUUUUGGAACAAUCCAAAGAGGAUGACAGCUUAGAAUCCUUGCUGGACAACGUGUCUAGUUUUAGACAGAUAUUGGAAUCUGUAAAGACUCCAGUGCCUCUGAGUGACCAGGAGGUGGAGCCUAUUCUGCCUGCAACAGACUCUUUGCAGAAUAUGUUCAACAACAGGACGGUGUACAUCCUAUCAGAUAUGGUGGAUGAACAGCUGAAAUCUUUGUCCUUUACACCUUUCCAGCCAGAAGAAGCUGAUGCAGAUUUAGACAUGGUUAAAGUGGAUUUGCUUGAGCUGUCUGCGAAAUGCUGCAGUGACUUUGAUUUAAAAUCAGAGUUUGAAAGAUCCUUUUUAUUGGAACCUUCAUCACCUGGUCGGACUAAAACCACAAAAGGUUUCAAGUUGGGGAAACACAAACAUGAGACUUUUAUUACAAGUGGCAGGUCUGAAUACAUUGAACCACCCAAAAGAGCUCACUUUGUGCCUCUCCCAAGAGGAAGGGGCAGAGGUGGAUUUUUACAGGCCAUGCGUCCUCAUGAUCUCUUCCGGCAGAGGAAACAAAAUACAAGCCGGCCACCUUCAAUGCACGUGGAUGAUUUUGUGGCAGCUGAACGUACAGAAGUGCCUCCAGUUGGAAUCCUUCCACCCAAGAGGCCGCCACCAAAAGUAUCCCAGAAGGUCUCCUCCCGUGGGGGUUUCCUUGGAAACCGAGGAGGAGGAAGAGGAAUGUUCCACAGCCAAAGCAGAUUUUUUUCUCCACCAGCCCCUAAAGUAAAUUAUAACAGACGUGAAGGAGUUCGUGUUCUGAACUGGAGCCCGCAGACUACACCACGAGGGGCUUAUGUAGAAAGUAGAGGAGCCCAGAGUAACUUUGACAGAGCACCUCUUCCUCCUCUCAGGCAAAGCUCUGCAGGAUACCGCCCAAAUCCACGUGAAAGGGUGGCCAGAGGUCGAGGAGGUAUAGGACCAUCGUGGGCUAGUGCCACCAGCAGUGCUAACAGCUCACGCGGGAAGUUUCUUGGUGGCAAUGGAAACAGAGGACGCCAUGUUCGUUCUUUCACGCGGUAGAAAGAAAAAAUCCAGUUGGAUAUGUGAAUAUUUCAUAGAGACUCUUCACUGCACUAUUGGACCAGUAUAAAAAGUGUUUGAACGCUUCUGGAUGAUCUUUUUGAUACACAUUCUGAAUGUUAUUGUGUAAAGCAUUUUAUUUUUGUGUACAGUCUAGUGACUUUACUGUGUUUGUUGGUUCUCCUUGCAGCUCUUUUUAAUAAAACAAGAAUGAAAGCAA